AUGGAUAUCAUGAAUCUGUUUAACGAGUUUCAUGGUACUGGUGUGCUCUCCAAAGCAAUAACUUCCUCCUUUCUCACGCUGAUACCCAAGACUCCGAAUACAAUGUGUCUUGAUGAUUUCAGACCGAUUUUCCUUGUCGGAAGCAUAUACAAGGUUAUUUCCAAACUGUUAGCGGCAAGAUUAAAGAAAGUGUUGCACUGUUUAGUUUCGCCGUGCCAAAGCGCGUUUGUUCCCAGAAGACAAAUGAUAGACGAAGUUCUUAUUGCAAACGAGAUUGUCGACAUCGCAAGUAAGGAAGGGAGCUGGGAAUGCUUGCUUUUUAAAGUAGACUUUGAAAAAGCCUACGAUAAGCCCGACGAAGGACUUCAGAGUCGGGAGAGGAAGGCGAAGGAAAUGGGAGAGUUUUCUAGUUUCAUAGUGAAGGAUAGCUGUGCAAUGGAUAUUCUGCAAUUCGCAGACGACACUUUGAUGUUGGGAAAUGGAGGUUGGAAAUAUGUUUGGGAUCUUAAAACAGUUUUGAGAGGGUUCGAAAUCAUCUCCGACUUGGGAGUGAAUUUUCACAAGAGCAAAUUGAUUGGUCUCAAUCUGAACCCGCACUUUUUACUUGCUGCAGCAAACUUUUUGGCGUGUAAGGUGGAAACAAACCCGUUCUCUUUCCUCGAAAUUCAAAUUGGUAUUAACCCGGGGAGAGCUUCUUCGUGGAUUCCUUUAAUUGAUAAAUUGAAGCUGUCUUUCUUCAAGGCGUCGGUGUCGGUUUGUAAGGAAAUCGUGAAAAUCCAGAGUAGUUUUCUGUGGGGCGAAACGACAGAGGAAAAGGAUACAUUGGGAAAUCCUCUCAGCCGCAAUUGCUCGAUAUGGUGGAAGGAUUUAUUGAAUUUGGACAAGAGAGACCAUGACAGAAUUCUUCUCGAUAACUGCAGUAUUUUGUUAGGUGAUGGCAAGUCGGCUUUGUUUUGGAUAGAUGAUUGGAAUCAAGUAGGUAUCUUAAGGGAUAUCUACCCCGAUCUGUAUGCUAUCAGUUCUGAUAAGAAGGAGACAGUGGCUAGCUGGAUUAGGCGGAUGAACGAAAGGGAGAGGGGUGGAUUCGGGAGUCCGGAGUCGGUUCACUUUUCUGUUGCGGACAGAAUGCAGAACUUAAGACUGAUUUUGGGCAGGAUUGAAUUUAGUAAUGGGCUAGAUGACGUGAAGAAUCAAGGUCAUGAGGGCAGUAGUAGCAGAGAGGAGAUAUUAUUCAAGAAUUUGUGGAAGACAUCGGUUCCGUUUCAGAUUAAGGCAUUUGGAUGGCGUCUUCUGCAUGACAGAUUGGCAACGAAAAACAAUUUGCUAAUUAGAGGUAUUAUUCAUUCACUAUCUAAUUUGUUUUGUCCUUUUUGUCUCGAAAGUGAAGAAUCUCUAUACCAUCUCCUUUCAUCUUGUCAUGUGUCGAGGGAGGUAUGGAGUCGAGUGGCGUCGUGGGCUGGGUUUGUUAACACGAACAAGGACACUAUCGGGCAGCAUUUUUUGGUUUGGGUUGAGUUCUUUAAGAAGAAAAAAGUCAGAAGCGGUAACGAAGGUAUUGUAUGGAUUGCUGUUUGGUGGUCGUUAUGGAGGGCGAGAAUUGGAAUGAUCUUCAAUGAUGCGAUUAAUUUUGUUUCGGAUAUAAUUUGGGAUAUCAAGGUUUUAGCUUGGAAAUAG